AUGAUCAUGAGCUCGUAUUUGAUGGAGUCUAACUACAUUGAUCCGAAAUUUCCUCCUUGCGAGGAAUAUUCGCAAAAUAACUACAUCCCUGAGCAUAGUCCCGAAUAUUACAGCCGUGCAAGGGAGUCUGGCUACCAGCAUCAUCAUCAGGAGUUAUAUCCUCCGCGGGCGAGCUACCAAGAGCGCCAGUAUAACUGUGCAAGCAUCCCUGAACCUGACACGCCAAGGGGACAUGGAAUACCCCAUUCUGCGCACCUGCUGACAGGGAAGGGGCAACCUGCUUCAUGUGAUACCCCACAGUUGUCCAUGUCCCCCGCCACCCCACCGGCCGCAGCCUCCGCCUGCAACCAAGCUACCCCGGAGCAUCCAAACAGCACAGCCUCCUCCAAGCAGCCCGUGGUGUACCCGUGGAUGAAGAAAAUUCACGUCAGCACUGUGAACCAGGGUUACAAUGGGACGGAGCCCAAGCGGUCUAGGACAGCAUACACCCGGCAGCAAGUCUUAGAAUUGGAGAAGGAAUUCCACUAUAACCGGUAUUUAACUCGGCGGAGGCGCAUCGAGAUCGCCCACACCCUGGUUCUCUCUGAGCGACAGAUUAAAAUCUGGUUUCAAAACCGCAGGAUGAAAUGGAAAAAGGACCACAGGCUCCCGAACACCAAAGUGAGAUCCUCCUCUUCCUCCUCCUCCUCCGGGUCCAACACAAGCUCAGCAGCCGGCGCUGUUGCCGCUGCCUCGGCCACUAACACUGGUGCCUCCGACGAACUCACCGGAGCACAACAUGGAGAGGAUAUUACCAGGUUAUAA